GCUGAGAAUGCGAAGCUAAAACAAAUUAUUGAAGAAAAUGCUAAACGCGAAGCCGAGAACAUUAACCUUAAGAUGGAACUAGAAAAAAAUAAAAAAGAUAUCACCUAUCUCUCAGCUGAAAAUUCUGAGCUUAAAAUCAAAGUAGCAAAAUUAAGCUGUGAUUUCGAGGAAAUAAAAUCAAAGGGAAUGAUCACUGAUUCUCCGGAGCAAUUGUCAAUUUCCGAGAAAAAGAUAGUAAGUGUUUCUACCUUUAUGGAAAAUUCUAGCGUUACCCCCGAACAAAUAGACGUACAAACUGGGGAUGUUUCGGCAUCAGAUAUAUCCGUUGACACUUCAAAUUCUGAUGAUAUUCCCACAAAAGAAAUUUCGCCACUUAAUGAGAGUCAACCCGAUAAGGAGGAAGCUAUUACUCCCGACCCUAUAACCGGAAUAGAACAUAGCUCAACCCAGGUCCAAAAAACUGAAUCAUCUACAACCUCUUUGUCACAAAAUAUUACCGAUGACGAUACGGACGAGACCCUUGAUUUUGUAGAAAUGAAACAUAAAGAACAUGUUAGUAAAGAGAUAAUGGAGAGAAUUAGGGAAAAGAAACUUCGAGAUCAAAAUUCAUCUUUGGAUAGUACUUUAUCGGAACCAUCCUACGAAAAUCAAAAUCUGGAAUCAUCUAUAAUAUCGCAAUCUAUCUCUAAUAGUUCUGAGUUAUCUUCGGAUAAUAAUUCAUCAUGUGAUUCUGAGUCCAAAUCGCCUACUAAUAUUCCUGAAUUCUCUAUAGAAGUGACUCUAACAGGAUCUAGUGAAGUUACAGCAGAAAAUAUAGCUGAUUUAUUUAACAUUGCCAUGAAGACUAGACAAAAGGAGAUUUUAUGCUGGUACUAUUAUUAUAAAGCGUACGAGAAUAGGGUUAGAAAUAUUAAGACUAUGGAUAAAAUUGACGACAAAUCUGCAAGAACAUUGGUAUAUAAUGAAAUCAAAUCACUUCUACCUGAUGUUACUGAUGUAAACUUGCGUAAAAUAACUUUCAGAGCUAAAAGAGUUUAUAUAUUGUUUGAAGGUAUAGGAAUAGAUAAAAUUAGUCAGGCAAGUGCUAUUUCAAGUUUAAAGGAUGUUCAAAUUCAAAAUAUCAUAAUCGAUUUUUCUAAGUCAACUACUAUGAAUGAAAAUCGAAAAGUAAUCUCCGUUCCAAAUUGGAACGCGCACGUGACUGAGCAAACUUUACCAGAAACUGAUGUAAGUGUUACACCCACUCCUCCUAUCCUAUCAUCCAAUAUCUCUAGCCAUUAUGUGACUGCCUCUGAAGAUAAGGAAGUUGAAUUUUUACCAGAGACUAAGAUAAGUGCUGUAAGUGCAUUAUCUUCAUCUCCAUCUAAUCUGACCUAUGAUUGUGAUUAUUUUCGUAAUAAAAUAUUAGGUCGAUACCCCGAUAUAUAUAGAGAAUUUAACAGUAAAAAAUUUGAUUAUUAUGGAAUUAUUGAUAAGUCGUUAUGUCCAGCAUGUAAAUUAAGUCAUAAGGAUGAGAAAAGUAUAAGAGGUAGAUAUGAAGCCGGAUCUUAUUUUAUUAAAUGUGGACAACAAGAAAUUGAAAUAACUGCUUCUCAGACAGAUAAAAUUUGUUCUAGAUUAUAUAAAGCAUAUAUGGAAGAGACUGGACUCGAUCCUUGGAUAAAGUCUGAAACUUCUGAAUCCCCACAAAGCGAAAAUGCUGAUAAUCAUAUCAUGCAAGACAGUUCGUUGGAAACUCAGGUAAUGGCACCAAACAAAAUUUGCACCUCCUCAAUUUCCAAGACUGAUCCAAACAAAAAUCGCCUUUAUCAGUAUGCCAUCGAGCACGGAAUGAAUCCCAAAAAAUUUUCGAUCAUUACAGAGGCUGAGAAAAAUAGGUGGAACAUGGGAUGUUUUCGUGGGGAUUUGGAAAGAGAUAUACAUUUCUAUCGUGGUGGAAUAGAAAGAAAAGAAGACCCUAGAAAAUAUCGUAAAUUUUGA